GGGCACUGAUGGGGCGCUGUGGGGCGCUAUGGGGCGCUAUGGGGCGCCGUGGGGCUGCCCGCAGGUUCCAGCUGGCCUACCAGAGCUCCGUCUUCGUUUCCCGGUCGUCGCUGCGCUGCUGCCGCUUCCGGCGCAUCUGGGUGCUGGCGCUGCUGCAGGGGCUGACCGCAGGGACCCUGCUGUGGGCCGUGGUCUCCCAUUGGCUGCCUUCCUUUGGCCCCGCCCUCGCCCUCGUCCUAUUGGAGGGGACCGUCGGGGGCGGGGCUUACGCCAACGCCUUCUGCAACGUCAGCGAGGAGGCCCCGCCCCCCGCGCGCACGCUGGCCGUUUCCGUUUCCGCUCUGUCGGACUCCGUCGGCAUCGCGGCGGCGGCGGCGGCGGCGGUGGGGGCGCACCGCCUGCUGUGCCACGUGACCUGAGCCACGUGACAGCGAAGCCCCCCGCGGCACGUGACGCGAGGAAACAUUCGACACGUGACCGGAAAAAAAAGGCCCGCCGUCACGUGACACUACAACCUUCCACCCCCCCUCCCUUUUUCGCCCCCUUCCCUGGGGCACGUGACUCCGGAAAAAGCCCGUCGCCACGUGACCGCUGGAAACAUCGCGAGACCGGGAAAAGGCCCCAAGUCACGUGAUUCCUUAAACAUCGCGAGACGCGAAAAGCUGAAGAUGGGGGGGCCUUUGCGUCACGUGACCCCGGAAAACCUCGGGAGACGGGAAAAGCUUUUGUGUCACGUGACCCCGGAAACAUCGAGAGACUGAAAAGAAGCCCGCGCCACGUGACUCAUUUAUUUCCUCGUGACCCCGGAAGCUCCGCUGCACGUGGUCAAUAAAGGUCUCGCCCCCCAUUGGCCGCCCGCUGUGUGGGCGGGGCUUGAGGCUGGGGAGGGA